AUGGCUAAUUAGAAAAAUAGUUUUUUUUAUCCAGUAACUUAAUAAAUUUUAAAAAAUAUUUAAAAAAGGAUUUUCUUAAUAUACUUUCAAAUAAAGGAACGGAGAGAAUGUGCAAGAAAAAUAAUAAAACUAAACAAAGUAAUAAAAUAAAUAAAAACAAAAGUCAUUUCAAUGACUUAUAUUAAAAGAUAAAAUAAAGUUGUAAAUAAGUGUAAGAGGAAAUCUGAGAGAAAUCUUAAAAUUCAAGCAUAUUACAAUCAUUAUUUUAAACUUUGUGUUUACUUAUACAUUUAAAAAAAACUAAGUUUCUCAAUACUUGAUUAGUACCUAACUAAUUGA